AUGUCUACGGAGCCUACCCCAGUUCAUUUCUUCUCCCAUGGCUCGACCAUGAUGUUGGGAGAAGAGUCUACUUCGGCCGAUUACUGGAAGAAAUGCGGUGAUGAGGCCCUUGCAAACGGAAUCAAGGGAGUGGUGAUGAUGGGAGCCCAUUGGGAUUGUUCCGGGCUAAAUAAGAUUCAAGUCGCAAUGAACCCUAAGCCAAAUAAGUCACCUGUCGCAUACGUACAUCCGUCCAAAUAUGUCGAUUAUGAACUCAAUCCAGAUCUGGAACUCGGCCAGGCGUGUAUCGAACUGCUCCGUAAAGAUGGCUUCGACGCUUCUGCCGACGAAAAAUUUGACUGGAUUCACGACACAUAUCUUAUCUUGAUUCGCAUGUUUCCCAAGAAAUGCCCGCCCACUACGAUUAUUUCCGCAAAUUCUCGAUUCGAUCCUCAUUUCCAUAUGCGUGUCGGAGCAGCUCUGCGACCACUGCGAGAGCAAGGAUACCUAAUCAUUGGCACGGGUGGCGCCGUGCACAAUCUUUACCGUAAUAUCUGGGCGCCGAUGCUUAACUAUAUGGAUAAUUUCGCCCAAUUGACGCCUCCAGAAGACUGGGCAAUGGACUUUCGGCAGGCGGUCGAGGAUGCCAUAGUGAAUAACAGUGGCCCUGCGCUUCGCCGCGCAAUCACACGAUUGAUGAAACAUCCGAAAUUCAGAGAGGCGCACGCAACAGAUGAUCAUUUUAUGGCUGCAUUGUUUGUCGCCGGUGCUGUGGGUAGUGAACAGGACAGGGGUGUCUACGGAAGAUUAGGCGCAGAGAGUUGGGAGCUCACUAACAUGUGCAAUUCACAGUUUACUUUUGGAGAAUGGCCUAAGAUUAGUCAGACAGUCAAUUGA